AGCUUCUUAGAUUCCUGAUGGUGACUCUGGUAACUGUUGCCACCUGUUGAAGCUCAUUCUUUCUUUUCACUCGGUUUCACUGACUGGCUCCUUCUCCAUCUCAGCUGCUGCGUCCAGCUGGUCCUGUUGACCUAUUCAUCAAACUCUGGUACUGAUUUAUCACUGUCACAUUCUCUUCUUGACCCUGUCUCAACCUAAAGCUGUGGCAUCUGUUGUUCUGUGGCCAGACGGUUUCUGUUGCUUCACUAGUCAUCUUGUGUGAUCCAAGAUGGCUGCAGAAAGAAGUGGCUAUGACUGAAGUGGAUCAACUAGGAGUGGCUCCUUGUAUCUUAGCAAAAAUAUAAAGCAGAGGACGUGCACACUCUUGGACAAGAGAAGCCUGUGAUGAGAAGUUAAAUUUUUGAGCACACUAUUUUGGAGACAUGGGAUGUAACAGUUCUAUCCAGUAUGAAGAUAGGAAAUCUGAGAAAGCAAUAAAGGCAGCUGUGCUUAUUCAGAACUGGUACCGAGGUUAUAAGUCUCGGUUAGAAUUAAGAAGGCGCCAGGCCAUGAACAUCUUUGAGUCUAUUGAAUAUGCGGAUGAACAAGAUCAACUGCAGCUAGCCAACUUUUUCUCCUUCAUGCUGGAAAACUAUACAACAAAUAACAAGGACAGUUCAGAAAGUCUGUCUCAGCUUUUUGUCAAUACAACAAAGAGAAAAUUGGAGCCAGAAACUUUUAUACGUAAUAUAAAUGUACCAGAUACUUAUUAUGGUCCUCGGCUAAAAUUCCCUCUCACUUUUUCUGAUGUCAUCCUCCUUAUUGAUGCUUUCAAGGAAAACCAGAUACUGCAUGCCCGUUAUGUGCUACAGUUAUUACAAGAAGUCAAGAAGGUCUUGCAACAGUUGCCAAAUAUCGUUCCAGUAACAUCCACCCUAUCCAAGGACUUAACAAUCUGUGGUGAUAUACAUGGGAAACUUGAUGACCUUUUUUUGAUCUUCUACAAGAAUGGUCUCCCAUCAGGGAAUAACAGAUACAUUUUCAAUGGUGAUUUUGUAGAUAGAGGGCAAAAUUCCAUGGAGGUACUGAUGGUCCUGUUUUCGUUUCUUCUUGUUUAUCCCAGUGAUGUGUACUUGAACAGAGGGAAUCAUGAGGAUUAUCUAAUGAACAUGAGGUAUGGCUUCACAAAAGAAAUUAUGCAAAAAUAUAAGGAACAUGGUGGAAAAAUUUUGCGCUUUCUGGAAGAAGUUUAUACCUGGCUUCCAAUUGGCACUAUAAUUGAUGAAAAAAUUCUGGUCAUACAUGGAGGAAUAGCAGAAAAUACAGAUUUGAAUAUACUCAAACAAAUAAAAAGAAAUAAGAUGAAAUCAGUUCUAAUGCCACCAAUAACACAUUCAGGAGUUAAUUUAAAAUACGGGCAUCAUGAUUUACCCCUAUCAUCAAUAUCGGCUAUCGACCAACUUUCAAAGAUUGAAUGGGAACAGAUGGUCAAUAUUCUUUGGAGUGAUCCCAGAAGUAAAAAGGGCUGUCAUCUAAACACAAGUCGAGGAGGAGGUUGUUAUUUUGGACCAGAUGUUACCACCAAUGUAUUGGACAAGUUUGCUCUGAAAAUGAUCAUCAGGUCUCAUGAAUGUAAACCGGAAGGUUAUGACAUAUGCCAUGAUGGAAAGAUCAUCACAGUGUUUUCUGCAUCUAACUAUUAUGAAGAAGGCAGUAAUAGAGGUGCUUAUAUCAAACUGGGCCAGGAUAAUGUUCCUCGAUUUUUCCAGUACCAAUCCAACCAUAUAACUCAAGGGAAAACUCUUCAUGAAAGGGUGGAUAUCGUUGAAAGUGCUGCCUUCAAGAUAUUAGGAGAGAGAAUGAUAAGCCGGCAAAGCAGCCUCAUAAAAGCUUUCCACAAGUAUGAUCCGAAUAACACAGGAAAGAUUUCUGUCCGUGACUGGGCAAAGGCUACAGAAGAAGUUUUAGAAUUGUCUCUGCCAUGGUUAUCUUUGUGCCCUCGAGUGGUCAAAAUGAUUGAAAAUGGAUAUGUUCUUUAUGAAAUGGGUUUUAAGGAUAUGCCUGUCGUAAAGGCUCCACAAGAGGCUAAAUCAGCGACGAUAGAAACCCUGGUCAGAUACAGAUCUGACUUGAAGAUCAUAUUCAACAUCAUUGAUAGAGAUCAAUCAGGUCUGAUCUCCAUGGAUGAAUUCCGUGCCAUGUGGAAACUUUUUUCUUCUCACUAUAACAUUGACAUUGAAGAUGCUCAUGUUGACCAAUUGGCUAACAGCAUGGAUCUCAACAAAGAUGGCAGUAUUGACUUUAAUGAGUUUUUAACAGCCUUUGAUGUGGUUCAUAGACUUGAUAGGAACAGUGUCAAAUCUCAAAAUUAAUGAAAUUCCUUAUACUUUCUCUACAAUGUUAGGCCCUCAUAUAGAGCCGAAAUCUUUGUCAGGGCUCUUAACAUUCAUAGGCAGUGGAGGAGGAGUAGACCCCCAGCUAUCUCAACAAGUAUGAAUAAAAGAAGUUCCCAGUGAGCAAUUAAUGAUUGAUAGAGGUUAUAUAUACCUUCUUGUAGGGUCUAUGCUCUAGAUUUAAGGCUACACAUUGUCAAGGUUUGAUUCUGGGUACUGGUCCCUCAGAUCCCACUUUUAUCUGGAGACUAAAGCAGAAUCAGAAUAUUGCAAUUUAACUAAGGAAGUCUGGAGAGGGAAAAAAAUGAAAGCAACCUAAAGAACAUCACAGAAAAUUAGUCAACAUUUUGUAUGUAAAAGAUCUUGGAACAAUAGGAUGAAGAAUAACAGGGAAUUGGUGAAAUAAAAUGUUAUUUCCAUCUC